AAGGCCCAUCUUCCCCAACUGAAGGAAUUUAUGGACAACAAGUUAUCAUUGCAGUUAGAUGGUGGCAGACAUGUACAAGGACUACUACAGGGCUUGAAUUCCUUUAUGCAUCUUGGGAUUGAUGAGUUUGUAGAGAUGGCAACUCAUGGGCAACAGAAGAAUUUCAGAAUGGUGGUCGCAAGAGAAAACAGCAUCAGCAUGUCGUUAGCCUUGGGAAGAGUCUGA